AUGGAGUCUAUUACUCAAGGCGUGAACUUCUACAUGCAGCAGUACGACCAACACACCCCACAAACCUGCCUUCGAGGACCCGCGUCACCGCUGCUUGCUGCCCCUCCAAAUUUCAACGUGAGCGCACAGCAGCGGAUCCUGUUGCAGCAGCAGCUCCUGAUAAGCGCUGAAGCAGCAAAGCGACAGGCACUUGCUGCCGUAGAUCGCGAGUCGAAGGAGACAGGUCGCGCGGUGGCAGCGGCAGAUGCAGUUGCUGAGGCUGAAGUGGCAACCGAAGCUUCUGGAACUGGUGCCGUGCUGCCGCCGCAAGGUACAUCUGAUGGAGCAGCUGCACCCGACCUCUGCGAGGGGUCGAUGGCAGAUGCUUCUAGUCCUAUCGCCUUGCCUUCAAGACCGCAGGUAGAGGGGCCCGAAUACCCGCACAAAGGCCAGCUGCACGAGCAGCAACAGCAACAGCAGCGUCGGCAACAAACAGCUGUAGGAAGCCCGUUGAGAUCGCCUUCCUGCCCACCUUUGGGCAUCAGCAGCAACUGUUUGUUUAACCCUUCUUCGCCUGCGUCGACGCAGGCUGGUGUUGCUGCUGAGCCUGCGGCUCCGUGGGCCCCAUUCGAGGUGCUUUUUCUGCGUCACGACGGAUACCUUGGGGCGGUGGGGGCUCUCGUGGCUCCCGGGCCAAACCUCACCUCUUCUCCUCCUUGA